AUGGCCAUGCAAGAAAACGGUCUAAACAUCAUUAUCUCAUUAGUACUGAACGACAUCAAACCGCUAGCAGACGAUCACAUGGAAUUAGCCUUAGAGAUCAAGAGUCAAGCGUCUAAACUUCUGUUGGCUAUAAUGGAAUCGCGACAUGAUAGUGAAAAUGCUGAACGUGUUCUACAAAAUAUGGACAACACAGACGGAGGACCACGACAAUUGGUACAUGCACUCACUCAAGCCUAUGAAAUGGCGCAUUCGAAGCAGUACGAGAUUAUCCAGAUGCGGCGUGAACUUCUGCACCAGGCAAAUCUUCAAGACGGUCCCACUAGUGUCGUCAGCCCGCUUAUCAAAACAGAUGGAGUAACACUGCCGGAGAUUUCCGUCGAUUCGUCGGGAACCGUCUCCAUACAUGAUGAUGCUAAAGUGGAUCUGAAGUACGUGGCUGAUGAAGCGUCGACUGUCGACCCCAAAGAGGUUGGUCACAAUAUCUACAUUCUCGCUCAUCAGCUAUCCAGGCAUAGUCCGGAAUUGGCCGAGUGCCUCGAUCCAGAUGACGAUAAAAAAUCUCCGCAGACUAGGAACGCGCUCGAGUUCUACAAGAAGCACACGGCGCAGAUAGAGAUUGUUCGCCAAGAUCGUACUUUGGAACGGGUAGUGUUUCCAAUACAUGAGAUUUGUUCGUUUCUCACUAAAGAAACGAAACAGAAUGUGUAUAACAAUACGGAAAGAGACAAUCAGGGAUCUAAAGUUACGGAGUUUUUCGAUCAAUGGCCUGCGAUGUACCAGGAAAUGAAGUGGCAACGCAAGCUCCAAGAUCGGCCAUAUCUUUCCGCAUGCACUCAACGUCUUCGGCUCUGGGGUCGACUAGCUUUCCUAUUUGCUGUACUAGUCAACAUUAUUAUUGCUCUUUAUUAUCCCUUUGAUAAAACUGACACGGGUCUCAGUGCAUCUAAUCCUUUUAUGUACACAUCGUCUGUGAUAUCUAUUAUAUUCCUUUAUUCGCAAUGGGACGAGAACUCUUCGUUAGCGAAAAGUUCGAACAUUAUUACGGCAAUAGGAGCUGUGAUGUUUAGUAUUGCAAUAAUGCUCAUAUCAUUGCUUGGCGUGGUGCCAGCACUUUAUUUGAUAGGAUUGGCUCAGCUGAUUAAUAAAUGUGUACAUCUGGUGGCGUAUGCUAGCAACAAAGGUCUAGAGGAUAAGUCAUGGUCAGUACGAUUGUCUGAUGGAGAACUGCACUAUCAUAUCUGCUAUCUAGUCAUCUGUUUCUUUGGUCUCACCGUUCAUCCCAUGCUUUAUUGCCUUUUGCUAUUUGACAUCGUGGCCAGUGAAGAAACACUUCGUAAUGUGAUCAGUUCGGUGACGAGAAAUUGGCAAUCGAUCAUUCUCACCGGUUUGCUGGCGCUUAUUCUAGUCUACAUAUUUUCAAUUAUCGGAUAUACGUUCUUCCAACGAGAUUUCGCUCUCGAAGUAGAUCCACUCGAUGAUGAACCACCGGCCACGGUAUUCACCAAAGAUCCUAGUCCAGAGACUUGUUCGGCUGAUGGUGGUUGUCCACUGCCGGCAACUGAUGUGGAAGAGAAAAAUGAUGAUAAGAGCGACGACGAUAAAAAAAUUCCAUCGUGUACCACGUUACGAAUGUGCAUCAUUACGACGUUGAAUUGGGGUCUACGUAAUGGUGGAGGUAUUGGCGAUGUGUUGAGGAAUAUCGGUCCCGACGAGAAGCUCUUCUACUACCGUAUCGUCUACGAUUUGUCGUUCUACGUGGUGCUUAUCGUUAUCACCCUGAAUCUCAUUUUUGGUGUGAUCAUCGAUACCUUCGGUGAUUUGAGGACAGAAAAGAACGACAAAGAGGACAUACUGAAAAAUACGUGCUUCAUUUGUGGACUGGAACGUGGAAAGUUCGAUAAUCGACCCGUGACAUUCGAAGACCAUCAAGCCAGAAGAACACAAUCUAUGGCAUUAUCUUUACUUCAUCGUAUGGCUACAAAAUCAAAGAUGAGACCGAAAAUUCACGGGACCAGAAAGUUAUGUUGCCCAGUGUGUGAAGGUAAGUUAUUUGUAUUGUAUUCACCUGACAUGAGGCAUGAUUUUUCAACAAACGUCGAAGCG